ACCAGGGUCGCCAAAGGGGUCGGACCGCAAUCUAGUCAUUGUAUUUUUAAAUAUUUUUAAUCAUAUAAUCAAAAGGGCAUCAUGAAAGUGUUCAUCGUAUUAGCAGCGGUCGCCACUCUUGCGAGUGCGCAAUUCAAGUGCCCGAACAAAGAUGGCCAAUAUGAAGAUGACAGGCAAUGCGACAAAUUCUAUCAGUGCGUCGACGGCGUUGCUACAACUAAGCUGUGCCCCGACGGCCUUGUGUUUGACCCAACCAUCAGGAAGAUCAACAAAUGCGACCAGCCCUUCAAUGUAGACUGCGGUGACAGGACUGAACUCCAACCUGCCAAGCCUAGCACCCAAUGCCCUCGCCGCAACGGAUUCUUUGCUCACCCCGACCCCAGCGUCUGCAACAUUUUCUUCAACUGUAUCGAAGGUGAAGUCACAGAAGUCAAGUGUACCGCUGGACUCCACUUCGACGAAUACUCUGGAACCUGCGUGUGGCCCGAUACCGCUGGCAGACAAGGAUGCAACGCCCAAGAAAAGAAGACCAAGGAUGGUUUCGAGUGCCCCAAGGAACUGCCCAUCGACCCUCUGGGUCAGCCCAUCGCUCACCCCAAGUUCCCCCACCCUAACGAUUGCCAACGAUUCUACGUGUGCUUAAACGGUGUUGAACCCCGUGAUCUCGGCUGCCAAGUCGGAGAGGUCUACAACGAGGAAAGUCAAAGGUGUGACGCACCUGAGAACGUACGCGGAUGCGAGGACUGGUAUAAGGAUGCCGAAGAUGCCGCCCCAACCCCCAAGGCGAGAUCUUAAGCUAGUAAUAAAUAGUUUAGUUACACCUAAGACUUAAU